CAUUCGGUAAAUUCAUGCAGUGAAAAUGAGUAAAAAACCAAAGUUAGUUCAUUGUUCCUCCGUCUCAGAGGAUGCUGCUAAUCAAUCUAAAAGUCAUGCUAUGGCGUUCUCUUUUCGUGAGCUCGCAACAGCAACUAACCAUUUCAGGCGAGGAUCCUUCAUUGGAGAAGGUAGCUAUGGGCCUGUAUACAAAGGGAAAAUAGAGGGCACUGGCCAGGCACGUCCUUUUCUGAAUGAUCGCAAGAACUGUGUGCAAUUGGCUGAUCCACAACUGGAAGGACAAUUUCAAGAAUCCAUGUUCUGUGAGGUCAUUGAUGUCGUAUUAAUGUGUGUAAGAGAUGAUUCCCCAUCUCGGCCUACCAUGACUCAAGUGGUGGUUGCUAUGGAUUAUUUGACAUCGAAGUAAUAUAACUCCCAUGCUGCUCGAAGUAAGGUCCAAGGGCAGACAAAUAAGCCCACUUCAAAUCAUUUGUAGCUUGAGGACAUUCGGUAGGAAUC